AUGAUCGAGAAGGGCUACAUGUCCCUUCUCGAAGAGCCGACUACAACUAGUAAAGAAGGAGCCAACGGAGCUUCCCACACACCUCCAGUAUACCCCCAUAACCCUGGGAAAUACUACUGGAUCGGUCACGACCUGACGACCUUCGUCAUCCUGCCUGUUCUUUCACUCUUCAAAGUCCACGGCAACAGUUUUGUCGAGGCUUUCGAGCACUUUGGCACCUUCCUUGAGCACCUGUUCCUUUGGAGAGACGGCACCUACGAAAUCUGGGACCCGCUUCCAGCUUGGUGGCUGUAUCACGUCUACUGGCCGUUCCAGUUUGCUAAGAGCUUGGUUACAGACUUUAAAUGGAGUCGGAUCAACGUCAGCACCACAAAGAUGUUCGGCUGUUGA